AUGAGCAAUGGUAAGUCCUGCAGGUUCUGGUCGGAUAACUGGUCACCCCUUGGAAGUCUUACUACCCUCUUGGUUAGGGAUCGAGCUUCUCGUCUUGGAAUUCCGCUGAAUGCAUCUCUAGCUUCUCUUUCCGUCCAAGGAAAUUGGGUAUUGCCACCAGCAAGGUCGGAGGAGCAAGUUUUACUGCAAAGCUUCUUGACAACGCUGCAUUUAAUAGAGGAAGAAGAUCAUUAUGAAUGGGAAUUGGAUGGUGUGGGAUCUAAUAAAUUCUCAACGGGUGAUGUCUACACAAGAUUGAGAGGAGACAAACCUGUUGUACCAUGGAAAAAAAUAGUCUGGAUUAAAGGAGGCAUCUCGAAACACAAAUUCCUCACAUGGCUUUUUGUUCUCAAUCGCUGUCCAACAAAAGACAGAAUCAUCAACUGGGGUUUAUCUACAGAUCCAAUUUGCUUACUGUGCAAUAAUUUACCGGAAAGUAGAAAUCAUCUGUAUUUUGAGUGUAGUUUCAGUUGGUCUUUAUGGCUUCGAGUUGCUGCCCGAUCCAUGCCUUCUCCUCCUCAUCGGCACUGGGAUGCUACUGUUGAGCAAUUGCAAAAUUUCUCAGGUGGGAAUUUGAGAAAGAGACUUUUGCUCCUAAGUUGGCAGGCCGUUAUUUACUUCAUCUGGUCUGAACGAAAUGGCAGGCUCCACCGUAAUACUUUCAGAACUGUUGACUCAAUCACAGGCUUGAUCGACCAUCUAGUGCGAAAUCGGAUCUCCAGUCUCAGAGAGAAAAAUCAAACAAGUGCUUCUAAUCUGAUGCAAAUAUGGCUUGCCACUUCUGCUUAG